UGCCUUUUGGUCUCUCUCAAUCUUUUUAAUUUUUUUUUUUUGGGUUGCUCUUCGCUAGAAAACUGCGUAUAGUAUAGUAUCCAUCCCUUAGAUCAUAUGCCCAUGUCUCUCUAGAUUCUCUACCUCCCCCCGUUUUUUUCUUCACCAUCACUUUCUCUCGCGUAGCCUAAGCUCACCAUCACUUUCUGAUUCCUCUUCUUUCAACGGGAAGGCGGGCGGCUUCUUCUUCUUUUUUGCUUAUUCCGAUCGAUUUUUUUUUUUUUUUUUCAGAAAUCGAUUUGAGCUGGAAAAAAAAAAGAAAAAAAAGUUAGCUCAAAUGGAAGUGAAUGUGUUGUUGGAGUUGCUUCGAGAUCAGACGAUCAUUGCGAUGAAUAGUUUGAUUGAUUGAUUCCUCCCUGAAUGUAUAUAUAUAGCCUUUUAGAUUUUUGCUUUUUCUAAGCUUGAGCAAGUGUGGAUUUCGCGGAGGUUUUUGGGUUUGAUGGAGGGUUUCGAUUCUUGAGAAUAUAUAUUAUUUUUUUUGGUUUAUGUCGUCGAGAAACGGAAGGAUGGCUUCGGAUCUUAGUAGAGCUGGUCCUGUGGAGAGAGAUAUCGAGCAGGCUAUCAUUGCCCUGAAAAAGGGAGCUUACUUGCUUAAGUAUGGAAGAAGAGGGAAGCCUAAGUUCUGCCCAUUUCGCCUUUCUAAUGAUGAAACUGUUUUGAUAUGGUUCUCUGGAAAUGAGGAGAAACAUCUGAAGCUGAGCCAUGUUUCUAGGAUCAUAUCUGGACAACGCACUCCUAUUUUUCAGAGGUAUCCUCGUCCCGAGAAGGAAUAUCAGUCAUUUUCACUCAUAUAUAGCGAGAGGUCUUUGGAUGUGAUAUGCAAGGAUAAAGAUGAGGCUGAGGUGUGGUUUACUGGUCUUAAGGCCUUGGUUUCGCAUUGCCAUCAAAGAAACAGGAGGACUGAAUCAAGAAGUGACGGUACACCAUCUGAAGCUAAUAGCCCGAGAACAUAUACCCGGAGAAGCUCUCCUUUACACUCUCCAUUUAGUAGCAAUGACAGUUUGCAGAAGGAUGGUUCUAAUCACCAUCGCAUUCACAGUCCAUUUGAGAGCCCGCCUAAGAAUGGCCUUGACAAGGCAUUUUCGGACAUGGCAUUAUAUGCCGUUCCUCCAAAAGGAUUUUAUCCCUCAGAUUCUGCAACUAUCUCUGUUCAUUCUGGAGGCUCGGAUAGCAUGCAUGGACAUAUGAGGGGUAUGGGCAUGGAUGCUUUUAGAGUUAGUAUGUCAAGUGCUGUUAGUUCCUCGAGCCAUGGGUCUGGUCAUGAUGAUGGAGAUGCAUUAGGAGAUGUUUUCAUCUGGGGGGAAGGCAUAGGAGAAGGUGUUUUGGGUGGUGGAAACCGUCGAGUUGGAAGUUCAUUUGAAAUAAAAAUGGAUUCCUUAUUGCCCAAAGCUUUAGAAUCUACAGUAGUACUUGACGUCCAAAAUAUUGCUUGUGGUGCACAGCAUGCUGUCCUUGUGACAAAACAAGGAGAAAGCUUUUCUUGGGGAGAGGAAUCUGAAGGCAGGCUUGGCCACGGUGUUGAUUCCAAUAUUCAACAACCAAAGCUCAUCGAUGCACUCAACACCACAAAUAUCGAGCUCGUAGCAUGUGGUGAAUUUCAUAGUUGUGCAGUUACUCUAUCAGGAGAUUUGUAUACCUGGGGUAAAGGAGAUUUUGGUGUUCUUGGACAUGGAAAUGAAGUCAGUCACUGGGUCCCUAAGAGGGUUAAUUUUCUGUCUGAAGGGAUACAUGUAUCAUCCAUUGCUUGUGGACCUUACCACACAGCAGUCGUUACUUCUGCUGGACAGUUGUUUACUUUUGGUGAUGGGACCUUUGGUGUUUUGGGCCAUGGAGACAAAAAAAGUGUUUUCACACCUCGGGAGGUUGACUCUUUGAAAGGUCUUCGCACUGUCCGGGCAGCUUGUGGUGUAUGGCACACAGCAGCAGUUGUGGAAGUCAUGGUUGGGAGCUCAAGCUCGAGUAAUUGCUCUUCUGGAAAGCUCUUUACAUGGGGUGAUGGUGAUAAGGGUCGUCUUGGUCAUGGUAAUAAAGAACCAAAACUUGUGCCCACCUGUGUCGCUGCUCUUGUUGAACCCAAUUUUUGUCAAGUUGCAUGUGGGCACAGUCUAACGGUUGCACUUACAACAGCAGGCCAUGUCUAUACUAUGGGCAGUCCUGUCUAUGGUCAGCUUGGAAACUCACAUGCAGAUGGAAAAAUUCCAAGCCGUGUCGAAGGUAAACUUCACAAGAGUUUUGUCGAAGAGAUAGCUUGCGGUGCUUAUCAUGUUGCAGUUUUAACUUCGAGGACGGAAGUUUACACUUGGGGAAAAGGAUCAAAUGGUAGACUUGGUCAUGGAGAUGUAGAUGAUAGAAAUUCUCCGACAUUGGUAGAGUCGCUUAAGGAUAAACAGGUGAAAAGUAUUGCCUGUGGCUCUAACUUCACAGCAGCUGUCUGCAUUCACAGGUGGGCAACAGGGAUGGACCAGUCCAUGUGUUCAGGUUGCCGUCAGCCCUUCAAUUUUAAAAGAAAGAGGCACAAUUGCUAUAAUUGCGGACUAGUGUUUUGCCACUCGUGCACUAAUAAAAAGUCGUUGAAAGCUUGUAUGGCACCGAACCCGAGCAAACCAUAUCGAGUGUGUGACAAGUGUUUCAACAAAUUGAAAAAGACCAUGGAAACUGAUCCAUCCUCUCAUUCUUCGCUGAGUAGAAGAGGAAGCAUUAACCAGGGAUCAGAUCCCAUUGACAAAGAUGACAAGUUCGAUUCUAGAUCCGAUGGACAGUUAGCUAGAUUUUCAUUGAUGGAUUCCAUGAGGCAAGUGGAUAAUCGAUAUAAGAAGAACAAGAAAUACGAAUUCAAUAGUAGUCGUGUCUCGCCUAUACCAAGUGGAAGCUCUCAACGGGGUGCGCUUAACAUAGCCAAGUCUUUUAAUCCAGUAUUUGGAGCGUCAAAGAAGUUCUUCUCAGCUUCUGUUCCUCUAAGCCAAGAGGUCGUUAAGCUAAGAUCUCAGGUUGAAAGUCUUACAAGGAAGGCCCAGCUUCAAGAAGUUGAGCUGGAAAGAACAGCCAAGCAGCUAAAAGAGGCGUUGGCAAUCGCUAAUGAAGAAACGACGAGAUGCAAGGCAGCAAAAGAAGUGAUCAAAUCACUUACCGCUCAAUUAAAGGAUAUGGCUGAAAGAUUACCUGUUGGAUCAGCUCGGACUGUGAAGUCUCCUCCGUCUCUGAAUUCAUUUGGUUCCAGCCCUGGUCGCAUUGACCCUUUUAAUAUCUUAAACCAACCAAAUAGCCAAGAAUCCGAGCUGAAUGGCACAAAUACCCCAAUGUUUUCUAAUGGGACCAUGACACCUGUAUUUGGGAAUGGUGAAGCAACGAAUGAAGCACGGAGCGAGAAGGAAUGGGUUGAACAAGAUGAACCUGGAGUCUAUAUCACUCUUACAGCCUUAGCCGGAGGUGCUAGAGAUCUCAAACGCGUCCGGUUCAGCCGAAAAAGGUUUAGUGAGAAACAAGCAGAACAAUGGUGGGCAGAUAACAGAGGACGAGUCUAUGAACAAUACAAUGUUCGCAUGGUUGACAAAGCCAGUGAGGACUUGCCUCACUGAAACUCUUUAACACCAACCAGUUCUCUAUUUUUUUCCUAUGCCCGAGUUAGGUGAGUGCAGAAUCUCGGGAUAUAACAACAACAGAUAUAUAUAUAGAGAGAGAAAUUAGAUGUUUUAAAGUGCUUCUUUCAUUGUAGUUUGGGAUAUUUGUCUGGUGUUGAUUGUGAUAGAGUUGUAAAUUCUUUAUGGUGUCAUGCUGUAAAUCCUAUAAACAUACAAUGUUUUUACUCAGAAACAAUGCUCAGUAAUUGGUUUUCAAGUA